GUAGCAGGGCGUCCAGUCUAACCUUGAUGAGUCCGUCGAGCUCCACCGGGCUGCACUACUCCUUCGUCCCCUCGGUCAUUCUGAUCGACCAUGGUCUCUCAACGAUCUCGCCGUCGGCCUGGGCGACAGAUUCAUGGAGCAGGGCGUGCUGUCUGAUCUUGAGGAGUCCAUCGAGCUCCUUCGUGCUGCACUGCUCUUUCACCCCCGGUCAUCUUGCUCGAUCGUUGUCUUUCAACAAUCCCGCCCCCACCCUUCAAGAAAGAUUCAGGCUGCAAGGCGCCCCAUCUGACCUUGAUGGGUGCAUCGAGUUCAAUCGGGCUGCACUACUCCUUCGACCCCCCAGUCAUUCUGAUCGACCACCAAUCUCACCUUCAGCCUUGGAGACAGAUUCAGGCAGCGGGGUGUCCCGUCUGAUUUUGAUGAU